AUGAGCCUGACAUCUUUUGGUAGUGCGAACAAGGGUCUCCAACUUGGAAAUAACUAUGGGACAAUCGGGACAAUCAACAUUUCAUCCGACCAGCCGGAAGAUCUAGUACAGAGGACAGACAAAGAGCUGCUCAGGUCACUAGCAUUCCCACAGAUGCUAGCUCGGAGGGACAAUAUCGAGCUAUGUCACAUGAAUACCUGCCAAUGGAUUUUAGAGUUGGACGAGUAUCGGUCCUGGAAGAAUCAGCCCUGUGGUCUACUCUGGAUUAAAGGCAAACCGGGUGCGGGUAAAUCUACCUUGAUGGUAUUCUUGCAUGAUAGACUCAAAGAAUCACAGGACGGCAUUCAUGGUAUUACUCGACUCGAUUUUUUCUUUACCGCCCGGGGUACGGAGAUGCAACGUACACCGCUAGGAAUGUUCAGAUCGUUAUUGAACCAGAUUUUUGACCGUGACUCGACUAUACGCCCUCGGGUGCGCGAGAUCUAUGAGCAACGAUGUAGGCAGUUUGGGGGAGAACGCAAAUGGGAAUGGCCGCAAAUAAUACUUGAAGAGUUAUUGGCAACUGCUAUCCUAGCAUCAGCCAACGAUCAGCAUGUGAUUAUCUUUGUGGAUGCUCUAGAUGAGGCAGGGGCUGAGUCCGCCCAAAAGCUUGCAGCAUAUUUCCACCGUCUUGUUGACCGUGCUGACAAAAAGAAGCUAACCCUUCAAGUCUGCAUCUCAUGUCGACAUUAUCCUAUUGUGGAAAGUGCCCAGACAGUAGCGAUACAUGUUGAAGACCACAAUCAAGAUGAUAUUGCUACAUAUAUCAAAGAUAUGCUUCUUGAGACGGAGCUGGGAGAUAUCUCUAGUCAAGAGAUAAAAGAGGUACUGGCGGAGGAAUUAACCCAGCAUGCCAAGGGUGUGUUCCAAUGGGCGCAUCUUAUGAUACCUCUUGUCAAGCGAAAAUUCAGCGAAGGGGAGUCAAUCAGCGACAUCCGUGAUUGGUUGAGCGAUGUCCCAGCCGAUCUAGAAAACGUCUACGUAUAUAUUCUGAGCAACGUGAUCGCGGCUAGCAAUCGAGACCAGUCAUUCCUAUUCUUUCAAUGGGUGUGCCUGGCCGAGCGACCCCUGACUCUAACGGAAAUUCGAUACGCCUUAGCAGCGAAGACUGCUCCAAUAACGCCAUCUGGAAUCAAAUGGGAGAAGCUCCACGGCUUUGUCGAAAGCAAUAAACGCAUGAAGCAGAGAGUCAAGGCUCUUUCUGGUGGAAUGGCAGAAGUAGUCUCAAGUGGGAAUGACGAGGAGACUGUACAGGUGGUUCACCAGUCGGUCAAUGAUUUCUUGCGGGCAAAAGGACUGGUCCUUUUAUACUAUGGCAUCAGCGCGAGCAUAGGGUCUGAGGAUCAAAACAAGAUUCUUUCUCAGUCUCAGGCAACUCUCUACCGAUCGUGUCUAGUAUAUCUUGCCAUGAUCUGUUCAAACAAACAAAUGAGUAAAUUUCAGGUAUCAAAAGAGAAGCUUAUCUGUGAUCACCCAUUUUUGAACUAUACGACUAUCAAUCUCUUUGUUCAUGCAGAAAAAGCCGCCGACGCUCGAGGUGCCUUGCUGCACAAUGAAAUAGACAUUUUACACCGAAUGAUCAGUUACUGGGUUGAAUUCUAUCAACACCUUGAUGCUUAUCACAAAGCAUGUCCACCCAGAGGCACAAACAUUUUACAUAUGGCUGCCGCUGCCAAUCUAGUCGAUAUGAUAAUAUCUGUAUUGUCGGAUGAGGAGGACAUAGAGAGGAAAGACGAAGUUGGAAAUACAGCGUUACACUUCGCUGCUCAAGCAGGGCACACGAUAGCCGGCAAAAUACUGCAGGAAAGAGGAGCAAACCGAGAAGCGAAAAACAACAUUGGAGCGACUCCUUUAAUGGAGGCAGCCAGAUGUGGACAUUUGGGGUUUGUGGGAUGGCUUUUAGAUGAGGGUGUGGAGAUUGAGACAGAAGGUGGGGGCGCUCUACAAAAGGCUUCAUUGGAAGGUCAUAAUACAAUUAUAGAGAUGUUGCUCGGGGUUGGAGCGAAUGUCAAUGCCCAGGGUGGCCGAUACGGCAAUGCCCUACAGGCUGCUGCAUGGAACGGAAAUGCUGAGACAGUCAAAAUACUGCUUGAUGCUCAGGCAGAAGUCAAUGCCCAGGGUGGUGAAUACGGCAACGCCCUACAGGCUGCUGCAUGGAGAGGAAGUGCUGAGACAGUCAAGAUACUGCUCGACGCUCAGGCAGAUGUCAAUGCCCAGGGUGGUGAAUAUGGCAACGCCCUACAGGCUGCUACAUGGAGAGGAAAUACUGAGACAGUCAAGAUACUGCUCGACGCUCAGGCAGAUGUCAAUGCCCAGGGUGGUAAAUACGGCAAUGCUCUACAGGCCGCUGCUGCAUCAUAUAAUGGAAGUGCUGAGAAAGUCAAGAUACUGCUCGACGCUCAGGCAGAUGUCAAUGCCCAGGGUGGUCAAUACGGCAAUGCCCUACAGGCCGCUGCAUCAAGAGAAAGUGCUGAGACAGUCAAGAUACUACUCGACGCUCAGGCAGAUGUCAAUGCCCAGGGUGGUGAAUACGGCAACGCCCUACAGGCUGCUGCAUGGAGAGGAAGUGCUGAGACAGUCAAGAUACUACUCGACGCUCAGGCAGAUGUCAAUGCCCAGGGUGGUGAAUACGGCAACGCCCUACAGGCUGCUGCAUGGAGAGGAAGUGCUGAGACAGUCAAGAUACUGCUUGAUGCUCAGGCAGAUGUCAAUGCCCAGGGUAGCUAUUACGGCAAUGCCCUACAGGCCGCUGCAUCAAGAGGAAGUGCUGAGACAGUCAAAAUACUGCUCGACGCUCAGGCAGAUAUCAAUGCACAGGGUGGUGAAUAUGGCAAUGCCCUACAGGCUGCUACAUUUUAUGGAAGUGCUGAGACAGUCAAGAUACUGCUCGACGCUCAGGCAGAUGUCAAUGCCCAGGGUGGUCAAUACGGCAACGCCCUACAGGCUGCUACAUUGAGAGGAAAUACUGAGACAGUCAAGAUACUGCUCGACGCUCAGGCAGAUGUCAAUGCCCAGGGUGGUAAAUACGGCAAUGCUCUACAGGCCGCUGCUGCAUGGAGAGGAAGUGCUGAGAUAGUCAAGAUACUGCUCGACUCUCAGGCAGAUGUCAAUGCCCAGGGUGGUCAAUACGGCAAUGCUCUACAGGCCGCUGCUGCAUCAUAUAAUGGAAGUGCUGAGAAAGUCAAGAUACUGCUCAACGCUCAGGCAGAUGUCAAUGCCCAGGGUGGUCAAUACGGCAAUGCCCUACAGGCUGCUGCAUGGAACGGAAAUGCUGAGACAGUUAAGAUACUGCUCGACGCUCAGGCAGAUGUCAAUGCCCAGGGUGGUGAAUACGGCAACGCCCUACAGGCUGCUGCAUGGAGAGGAAGUGCUGAGACAGUCAAGAUACUGCUCGAUUCUCAGGCAGAUGUCAAUGCCCAGGGUGGUCAAUACAGCAAUGCUCUACAGGCCGCUGCUGCAUCAUAUAAUGGAAGUGCUGAGAAAGUCAAGAUACUGCUCGAUUCUCAGGCAGAUGUCAAUGCCCAGGGUGGUAAAUACGGCAAUGCUCUACAGGCCGCUGCUGCGUGGAGAGGAAGUGCUGAGACAGUCAAGAUACUGCUCGACGCUCAGGCGGAUGUCAAUGCCCAGGGUGGUGAAUAUGGAAAUGCCCUACAGGCCGCUGCAGCAGCAUAUGAUGGAAGUGCUGAGACGGUCAAAAUACUGCUUGAUGCUCAGGCAAAUGUCAAUGCCCAGGGUGGUGAAUAUGGCAACGCCCUACAGGCUGCUGCAUGGAACGGAAGUGCCAAGACAGUCAAGAUACUGCUUGAUGCUCAGGCAGAUAUCAAUGCCCAGGGUGGUGAAUAUGGCAACGCCCUACAAGCUGCUGCAUGGAGAGGAAGUGCUGAGACAGUCAGAAUGCUGCUCGACGCUCAGGCAGAUGUCAAUGCCCAGGGUGGUGAAUACGGAUCACCUCUCCUGGCGGCUAUCUAUUCGGGCCACGCUGAUGCUAUUGAAAUUCUUCUUCAUGCGGGUGCAGAUAUUGCCCUUACAGAUGAGCUCGAUCAAACUCCUCUUCACAUUGCAGCUUCAAGAAAUAUCGCCCAUGCUCUCUCUCAAUUCCCGCAACUUGCUUCAGCUAUCAACAAGCGCAAUAAGUUCCUGCAAACCCCUCUCCACCUAGCUAUUUACUUUGGCCAUAUCCACUUCGCUAUAAAACUUCUUUAUCUUGGUGCCGACCCUUCUCUUCCAGACGGCUAUGGCAAACAUGCUAUGGACUGGGCCAUCGGGCAAGAGACUUUGAUGCGCAAAAUACGCCUAUCACUGGGCCUCGUUCUGUAUGCAGAAUCUGCGCGAAUAUGGAUAUCUGUUCUUCCUGUGUACCCAAGCACCCUUUUCAUCACAGACUAA